UCAACAAAUAUUUCUAAUAAUAUAUCUCCAUCAGCUACAGCAUUAGCAACAGCAAUGGCAGCAGUACAGGCAGCAAAUACAAGGAAGAAUGGAAGUAGUAGUACAACAUCACUUGAUACUUCUUUGGUUUCCCCAAUUAAAGAAUUUAUUUCGAGGCCAAAUGAGGCAGCGAGUUUGAUAACUCCAAGGCCAGUUUUUCCAAACAUUGAUAUGUUUGCUGCCUCAACAUUCCUCGGAAAUGGAUAUCAAUCAACACUAACUUCACCUAUUCCUUUCUUUACUUCACCUUUAACAACUCCACGUGGAACACCAAUUCCUGGUACUCGCCUAAAUUGUGAGGAUUAUGGUUCUUUAGUUCAAUCUGUGCUAGCAGCCAAUUCUAACAACUUUGGAAAUCAUUUAUUGAAUUGUUUUAACGAAAAUAGCCGUUCACCUUUACUUCAAGCUGCAGCAGCUAAUUUUCUUAUGAACAGCACACUGCAAAGACGCAGUGGUAGCAGUGGGUCGGGUGGAGCAAUAAGUAGGCCUGGGACGAAUUUGUCUUUGUCUAGCGCUUUGGAUAUACAGAAGUGCUUUGUUUAUAUUAUUGGAUUUUAUUUUAAUGUUUUUAAUUUCAGUGCUUCAGCAUUAGGAUUAGCUGGACCGCCUAUCUCUUCCCUUAGCACUACCGGUCUUCAAGAUGGAAACUGUUUACAAUCGAAGCCAUCUCAAUCUUCUAAUCUCUCGCCCAUAGUUGAUUCAACAACAAAUUUAGAUUCUACAGCAGAUGAAAAAUUCAAAAAAGAACAAUUAAUUUUAUUGAAAAAUACAACUAUAUAGGUUUGAAUGAUGCCUCUGAUUCAACUUUAAUUUAAAAAAUGCUAAGAAAAUUUCUACACCGGUGUUUGAAAUGAAGAAUAGUUUUCAACAAAAUAUAUUGGAUGAUGACCAUCAAAAUAGCAACCAUCAUCCUCAGAUUCUACACAAAUACAACGGCAACAAAUUGUUUUCAAUUGUUAACAAGCGGCAUUGCGCCAUAAUAUUAAUUAAUAAACUCCCCAAUAUAGAGAAGAGGCCGCAACAAAUACUAAAUCGGGUAAUUACGUAUAUAAGCAUACAAACA